AUGGUAAAUGAGUUUCGGGAUAUAAUCCCUAAAGAACUAUCGGGAUUACCACCCGACAGGGAGGUGGAGUUUACUAUUGGCUUAGUUUCAGGAACAACUCCUAUAUCGCAGGCAUCAUAUAGAAUGGCGUCGACUGAGUUGAAAGAAUUAAAGGUUCAGCUACAAGAGUUAAUUGACAAGGGAUACAUUCGACCUAGUAGAUUUGUAGAGGGUUUCUCUAAGAUAGCCCUUCCAUUGACGAACCUGACCAAGAAAGGCGUGAGGUUUGAAUGGUCGUUGGAGUGUGAACAUAGUUUCCAGGGGCUGAAACGGAGAUUAGUAUCAGCACCAGUGCUUACCUUGCCUAUUCCAGAUGUGUAUAAGAGACAGUUGAUAGCUACUUUUCAAAUAAGGCCAACCUUAGUAGAAAACCUUAAGCGGGAUCAGUUGGAAGACCCUAAUUUUCAGAAGAUUGCUGAUGAUGUAAGUAAGGGCAUCAGGGUUGACUUUCAAUUGGGAACAGAUAGUGUACUAGAAAAGGAGGGGAGAAUGUGUGUGCCUAACAAGCUACAACUUAAACAAGCCAUUCUAGAGGAAGCACAUAAUUCCACUUAUGCCAUGCAUCUAGGCAACACCAAGAUGUAUAGAACUUUGAAGAAAUCUUAUUGGUGGCCUGGGAUGAAGAGAGACAUAGCAAAAUAUGUGGACCGAUGUAUAGUCUGUCAACAAGUAAAACCUGAGAGAUAA